CAUACAAACACACACACCCAAACACAUACACACACACACACACACCCAUCAACACACUUUAUCACCCAAAUAUACAAGCUUCUGCUUCGCCAGUGCUAAACAAAUUGCUCGGAUUCAGAAAGAAAUGUAUGAGUCAAAUUCCGCGUAUGGUCAACAAUGAUGUUGCAUAAUGUUUCUUGCAUAAUUUCUUGUUCCUGGCCAUUUGAAAGCAGUUGUUAGUUCUGUCGUGAUGCUGGGGGGCAGGCAGCACUACUCAACACAGUCGCUCACCCACGCUCCUGAUAGGUUAGGAUCGUUGAGGAUCUAUCAACAACAUAAAGAAUCUAAAGUGUGUGCGCGCGCGUUUGAAUGUGUGUGUGUAUGGGUGUUUGUGUGUGCGUGUGUGUGUGGGCUCCAGCGUCGAUAAGUGUGUGAACAGAGAGGAGGUGUGUGAGGCAGGCCAGCAGCCUGAGGCGUCAGUAGGCCUCAUGUCUGCGAUAGUCGGGGUGUUUUACAGAGGCUUUGAGUCAGUGGCCUCCAUCCUCCAGUCCCAUGACGCAAGUCAGCCGCGCUCCUCUCCAGACGGGCCCCCGGCCCUCAGGGCCCCGGAGGGCCACAGCGUCGCCCUCUUAUCCAUUUCAGACUUUCCUAGUGUCUCUGAGACGGACACGAGUCCACUUUCUCUCACUGAGGUGGACAUUAUGCCCCCGGCUGCUUUUGGGGACAUCAUAAAGGGACAACCGAUUGGUGGAGAGAAACAACCCAAGGUUGAACUGUCAUUUGCUGUUAAUAGUACAGGGAAGUCACCCAAUCAGGGGAUGGAGACUUCUGGUCUGGUGGCCCGUCUGAGGCUGGCUGCCAGCGAGGCAGAGAGGGAGAGGGAGGAAAGGGAAAUAGAGGGGAGGAAAGAGAAGGAAGAAGAAGGAAAGGGAGAAGAGGGGGAGAGGGACGAUUUGGGGACGAAAGAGAAAAUGCAAGAAACUGAACAGAGCCAGGGAAGGCUAGAAAUAGGAGGCAAAGAGAGGCAACAUAUGAAAGGAGGCCGAGAGGAAAGUCAGCAGGUGAGGAAAGAGGAGCAUGAUGAGGAUCAGACAAAGAGAGGAAGACACAGGGGGGAGGAGAGGGAGGGGGGAAGGGGGAAGUUGGAGAGACAGGGAAAUGAAGGGACAAUGUUUUCAUCUGUGUCUCUCAAGCACAACAGCCAAUCACGUGCUUGUCCUCCACUUAAAGAGGUGGAGUUUGAGGAAAUAGCACAUGAGGAAAGGCUUGACACAGACAAAUCCAAAGACAGAUCUGGUCCCAAGUCAUUGAGCAAGACUGAUGUGAAAGACACAGGUUCAGCUGGUAAGAGAGAUCAGGUCCCAGAGGAAGUUCAGCGGCCCAAUGGAGCCUCUCACGUCUCCGCGGAUGAAGCACGCGAAGUCCCUCCUCCAAAACUGGCAAAAAGAGCGAAUUCAGCGCUGCAAGCCGUCCCCGUGUGGAUGAGAGAGGAGGACAGCGAGGAGCUGGAGUACGAGACGGGACAGGAGGACAUCGGCACCGUCUGGUCAGCUGAGCUGUACAUGGAGGGAGGGGGCGUGGAGGAUCUGUCCGUGACACAGGCUGCACCAGGUGGUUCUGCCGGGCCUCCUCCCAUGGUCAUCCCACAACCUCUGCUCCACGGCUCUGCUGUCAAUCAACCAAAGGCAUUCAGGGAAUCUGUCUCUUUGAAGAUUCAGGCUCUGCCGGCCAAUCGGUGCUCCCCGGCCGCGCCAGAACAGGAAGUAGGAGCCGGUCAGACACCAGGCGUCACCCACGGUAACGCUGACAAGCCACAGACGUUGGGACAGGAAGUAGGAGAUAGUCGGACACCGGUCAUCUCCCACGGUAACACUCAUAAGCCGCAGAUGUCGGGACAGGAAGUAGGAGCUGGUCGGACACCGGGCGUCUCCCAUGGUUACGCUGACAAGCCACAGACGUCGGGACAGGAAGUAGGAGCUGGUCGGACACCGGGCCUCUCCCACGGUAACGCUCACAAGCUACAGAUGUUGGGACAGGAAGAUGGCAUAAUUCAAACGGGCGUGGUUUCCACUUCCGUUGAGUUGGUGGACACGCAGGCCGGUCCGAUGGGAAAGGACCUGGUCCCAUCGUCUGUAGUACCCUGGCCCCUCCCCUCAGAUGAACAACCCACCGAGGAGAACGCCGGCUCAAAGGGUGCCAGGAUGGAAACGGAGACACCUUCCAACAAGGCAGAAGCGACCGAGGUGUCUUACGAGACCAAACUUAUUACCCUUGAAGCAAAGGCUGACAGGAACCAAAUCCCUGAGGGGAGUCUUGAGGCCAGAGACCAGGCACUCCAGGAAGAAGAACAGCUCCUAUUGGCUAAGAUCCAGAAGAUGACAGCCAAAACAUCACCUUUCCCAGUGUCUCGAGGCAAAAAGCUCCUCAUACCCGACCUCAAAGAUAUCGACGGUGACAUCACAGACCCAGAGAGCCAAUCCCAAACCAGCACUGGCUCUGGAAGCUCCACUUUCGAAAAAGCUUUUGUCGACGAGCCGUCGCAUUUGAUUGGUUCAUGCUUCACCGUGCUUGAGGAAGUUUCAUUGGCUGAUGCUAGAGAGGUAGGGAUCCUAGAACUAAGAGAGGCAGUCCGAGAAGAUAAGGAGGCAUUGAACCGGGAAGAAAACAAACCAGUGCCCACCCAGCAGCCCCCCACCGUUCCAAACGGCAGAGCUAAGGCACCUGAGGAGCCAUGCGGCCUUCAGACUCGACCUAAGAACCUGCCCAGCGGCGCUCCGGGAUCCAAUCGGGAGGCGUCCUUUCCCGGCGCUCCAGUUACCGGGGGGGGGUCAGCGAUGCGUGACCCAGACAGAACCUCUUCCGUUCCUCCUCCUCAAAGCGGAGUGAAGAGGGGCCCUUCCUCCCAUGGGGAGUCACAGCAAGGCCCCGCUCAGCCUGGAGGACCGGUGGCAGUGGGGCCCGCCGCCAGGCCGGACCCUUCAGAGGGGCUGGUGAGCUCCAGUCAGUCUCUGCUAGAGUGGUGUCAAGAGAUGACCCAGGGCUACCGGGGGUUAAAGAUCACCAACUUCAGCACCUCCUGGAGGAACGGGAUGGCCUUCUGUGCCAUCCUGCAUCACUUCCACCCAGAGAUGAUAGAAUUUAAGCAGCUGCAACCCCAUGACAUAAAACUCAACAACAAAAAGGCGUUUGACGGGUUUGAAGGCCUGGGCGUGUCCCGUCUGCUGGAGCCCUCGGACAUGGUGCUGCUGUCGGUGCCGGACCGCCUCAUCGUCAUGACCUACCUGAGCCAGAUCCGCUCCCACUUCACCAACCAGCAGCUCAGCGUACUGCAGAUAGAGCACAACAGCAGCCAGUCCUGCUACGGCCUGGCGCCCUCAGGGCCCGCCCCCAGCGACGUGGAUAAGGCUGCGUUCUGUAUGGCCAGGCUGCAGGAAGGGGCGGUAGUGAGUCUGGAGGAAGGAGGGAGCAGUUCCUUGGUAGUCCCGCCUCCACGGAACAAGCGAUUGGCUAAAGGCGAAGAACCAUUAACACCAGUCGCUCCCCCAAGGGCAGUUGUCAGGGCAACCAGGGGUGGGCUGGUUCCGGAGAAUAGAGCCAAUGAGGUUGCUGAGAAGGGACACACACAGGGAAAAGAGUCGACAACUGAAACUGAUUCAGGAUCACCACAUGCAGCAGAGACUAAGCCCCCAAAACAGGAAGAGGAAACCAUGUGUCUCCAGGACACCAGUCAGUAUGUUCUGAGUGAGCUGGCUGCAUUGGAAGUGGAGCAGAACCACAUCGACAGCCGCGCCUCCGUGGUGGAGAGGAGGCUGAGGCGGCUCAUGGAGACAGGGGACGACCGCGAGACGGAGGAGAAGCUCAUCCAGGAGUGGUUCACUCUGGUCAACAAGAAGAACGCUCUGAUCCGCCGACAGGACCACCUGGAGCUGCUAGGAGAGGAGCAGGACCUAGAGAGACGCUUUGAGCUGCUCAACAGAGAGCUACGGGUCAUGAUGGCUAUUGAAGACUGGCAGAAGUCGCCGUCCCAGCAGCAGAGGGAGCAGCUGCUGCUGUCCGAGCUGGUCUCCCUAGUGAACCAGAGGGACGAGAUCAUCAGAGACAUCGACGCCAAGGAGAGAGGGGCUAUGGAGGAGGAUGAGCGUUUGGAGCGAGGUCUCGAGUUGAGGCGGAGGAAGUUCAGUAGCAAAGAGAAAUGUGUCCUACAAUGAGAGAGAAGGGAUGGCUUCUCUCUGAUGGCUGCUCUUCCUCAGGUCACAGAACAUCAUAGCUUCUCUCUGGUGUCUCAGAUCAUUAGACAAAGUGGAUAAAUGUUGGACUAUAUCAGGGGUUUGCUAGGAGUCGCUGUAGCACAUAGCAUAACAGUCAUGAGCACUGAAAAACCCUGGCCGACGGAAGAAGACAAAUGAUGUACUACUGUAUUUUGCAUUUUGUUGUUAUCUUAUUUCUGUGUUUUUUAUUAUAACUGAGAUACUGUAUUGCUGUUUACUUGCUGUUUUCUGUCUUGAUGUGCGAGUAUAAUUUAAAUUGAAUUGCCAAAAGUUAUUUAUUUACUGCCUAAUGUCUGAGAUUAUUUUAAGUUCUCCACACUUGGUCCAGUUUGACUUUGUACUUUUAUUUUGAAGUACGACAUUGUCCAGUCUGGCCAUGGUCUGUGCGGUGAAAACAAAGCAGUAUUAAGAAUGUACCUUACCUUUACCUUUGCGGAGAAGUGGAGCAUUUUGUGAGAAAUUAUAAUUGUGUUUAGUUAAGAAGUGGUAAGUUAAAAGGUUAAGUUGUUCAAUCAUGUUUGAAUAUUUGGUUUUGCGUAUUGUCUUGAGAACUUCUGAAAUAUAUGAUGUAAGCAUCCAAAGAAACACUGAAUGUUGGUGGCUGGUAAGAAAAUAGAACAAAACAUAUUGAGCUGGUCUCAAACAUUUCAGGGGGAAUCCAGCCACCCAAACCUCCAGCAAAUCAUAAUUUUAACAAAAUAUAAUUAAAAAAAGGUGGUUAACUAAUUAAAAACGUAAAUCGUAAACAUGAAGUUAACGAUGUAUGUUAAGUGCCUUAAGUGAGGAAGUUAAAGGUUUAAUAUUCCCGCUUGUAUGUGUGUGUUGUGUGAGGUUGUUUGUGCUGAGUUGAAAGGCUGCUCAAAGCCAUUGUUACCGCAAAUGCCUAAAGUCUUUGUUUAUAGUAAUGCAGGGUUAUAAAUGACAGUUUUGAAUGAUUGGGUUGAUUAACAUGAUAAUUAAAUACUACAUUUGGAAUUUUUGUGGGUCUCUUUGCAUCUCUUUCAACUCCCUUUUCAUCUAAUCAUGUGUCAUUAUUGCUAUUAUUCUGCACUUACACAAGAAUGUCUCUUGUGAAUGAUACAUUCAUCUUAAAGGGAACAUGUGCAUGUGUGUGUGUGUGUGUGUGUGUGUGUGUGAGGGUUACAGUGCGUUUGUGUGUGUGUGUCUCCUUCUGUCCACCCGUCCGUCUUUUUGUUUGUCUAUCUGUGGGUGUGUAUGUGUGCAGGCUCACAACCCUGUUUCACUCCACUUUGGGGGGGGAUGAAGGGGACUAAGACUCUCCCAGCGCUAGACGCUGCAGCAGAUCUUUUGCUCCACGUGGACGCAGGCUGGGGCACGCUGCAGAGUGUGGCAGUCUCUUCAUGGCCUGUGCUUCUGUCCGUG